UAACUUUUGUUCCGAUGACAUUGCGGCGCAGGUACAGAAUUCGGCUGGGUUUCAUCGUGAAAUAACACUUCUUAAAACCGGUAAAAAUGGCCCUCAGGAUUGCGUCUCUGCUGCAACGACAGCAAGUUGCUUGUACUGAAAUAUUAAAGCGAGGUGUGAGCAGCACAAGCAGCUGCAGUCAAGAUGGUGGCUGGUUCAACAAGCUUUUGGUGCGCAAAAUAGAGCCCACUAAGGAGUCCCACUCGCGCAUGCUCUCGGACAAGGAAGUUAUCUAUGAGCUGCAGACACACAACCUCAAGCCAGGCACCGUGGCACAGUAUCUGAAAAACUACGAUCAGUACGUGCAAGAAGUGAAGGAGAGGAACCUGCACCUGGAGCUGUGCGGUUCAUGGACUGUGGGUGUGGGCGACCAGGAUCAGUGCGUGCACCUCUGGAAAUAUGACGGUGGCUACAAGAGCAUUGACCAGGCCAAGCGACUCAUGGAUGAGGACACGGUCAUUCAAAAUUUGCUGAGCGACCGCAACGUCCACCUCAGAUCGCGUUCCAAUCAGUACCUGCUCUCGUUCAGCUUCUGGCCCCUCGUGACGCCGCGGCAAGGAGGGAACAUCUAUGAAAUUAGGUCAUAUUUCCUUAAGCCUGGAACUAUGAUCGAGUGGGGCAACAACUGGGCUCGCGCCAUCACCUUCAGGCAGAGCAACAACGAAGCCUUCGGGGGUUUCUUCUCACAGGUCGGCCGUCUCUACAACGUUCAUCACAUCUGGUGUUAUUCGGACAUGGACCAUCGCAAGCAGUCCCGUGAGGACGCCUGGCAACACCCUGGCUGGGACGAGGUGGUCGCCUACACCGUGCCGCUCAUACGGGAGAUGCACACAAGGAUUCUCUACCCCAACCACUUCAGCCCUACCAACUGAGAGACGCCAGUCUUGACUUUAAAGACGGAUGAUCUAAACGGCGUUUAUGUUGCUGCAAAUUUACUGAAGCUUAAGUUUGUACCGUGAAAGGAGAGCUUAAUUGGUACCUUGUCACACAACGUAUAAGCUCUAUAAUAUGCUGAAAGUUCGUUUUCAUUUUUUUCUUUGCUUGCCGUUUGAUUCUGACGAGUGCUAAAAUUCAGGGGAAUAUUUUUAGAUUUUGGAGGAGCCUAUCGAUAGACCGAAGUUUCUGCGAUGUACUAAAUAUUCUGCAGAGUUUCAUUUAUACUCUAAUACUGUGAAAUAAUUUCUGAAAAGUUGGAUCACUAUUCAUGACCCCCGAGUGAUCUGAACUUUCUAACAAAAUCGUUCAUUUACUUAAUGUUUGGUCUUCGCGUUUGUUGAAUUCAAAGUAAUUUAGUAAUUUCAAAGUAACGAUUUUGGGACUCAAUGAUCCAUCAAGAGCACCAAGAAUGUACAUAAAAUAAGUCACCUAGAAAUUUUUGUGCCUGAAUUUGUAUGAAUAAUUAAUUAUCAGUGUUAAUUGCUAGCUUCUAGAGUCUAGAGCCUAGACCAUGAAUGAGGUCAGUGCCAUUAGUUAGCGGUUAUGCGGCUUCUAUUAUUUACAUUGUUUCGUUUUCUGUGCAAUUAAUGAAUCGUAGAGUCCUGCAUCGUGCCGGACAUCAUUAUGAAACCUUAAUUGAUAGUCGCCCGCUUUUCUAUUCGGUUUUAGAAUGUUUCGAUUGUCAAAUGAUUGUAAAUAAAUAUUAUUUCUCUGUG